GUCAAUCAUUGUCACCGAAGUAAACGGUCUAAAAACGUGUGAUAAAAUUUUCAGUGAUUGUUGCAGUUGAUUUGAUGUCAGAUAGGAAGUUUUAGAAAAAUGUUUCGGACCAAGCAUAAGUUAUAAAAAAAACCACGUCUAAAUAAACGGAAAUAACGUCCGUUACUAAAACACCAUAUUUUUUUUUUAGUUUUUAUUCCUAGUAAAUUAUAAGUUCUGUAAAUUAAACCUGGAUUGAAGAUGUCGACUAGGAGAGCGAGAAUAAAAGCUGUAGCGGCACUUCCGCCUCGUAGGAAAAAUGCUGAAAACUCGGAGAAUAAGAAUCAACAAGGCCCAAGUACUAAUGAUCUUCAGAACGUUCCAAAAAGUCCAAAUGCUACUAAACAUGACAAUGUGGCAAAGACAUACCAGCGUGCUUCGGUUGCUAAUUCACCAUCGAAAUCUCCACAUAGUAGUGUGAUAACGCAGAAUACAGAUAGACAACCUCAUGUUAAUAGAGCUGCAACACCGGUUAACAAAGGGAACAUAACUCCUAAGCUAUCUGAUAGAGUGUCGGUAAUUACUUCUACUGCAGGGGUUAAAUCCGGUGUUUUUGCAUCUCCUCACGCUAAAAGUAGCCCUUUAAGGAAAUACAUACCGUCACCAGUGCUGGCUGCAAUGAAUACGGCUGAAGUAACUAAUAAAGCGGUUACUCCUGAAAAAAGUGAUGCAAAAAAGAAUAGUGAUAGUACAAAGUCUAUUGGGAAUAACAGUACUGAGAUUAUACAAAAGAUCAGUGAUUCUGAAAGUUCUACGAGUAAAAGUGGCACAAACACACAUAGAAGUGACAUUCCAGAUGAUUAUAGUGUACCAAGUGUACCUGAGAGUAUCACAGAAGAUCCUAUGGAUGGUAUUGUACCUCUACAGCCAGUUAGUGCACCAAAACCAAUAGCUUUGCUCAAAAAUGAGAUUAUAUCAGAAAAUGUGGAGGUUCUGUUUGAUCCCAUUGUACCUCUGCCUUCACCCAGCAAAGUGCGACCAAAGCUACGGCCCGUGCCUCGAUUGGGGCCCCUAAGAAGGAACAGUGUGCAGGGGAGUGCGAGUGAGUCUGAAGAUGAAAGUCGUCGUUCGUUGCUGGGUCACAGAUCAGCGACGCCGUUACCGAUGCGACAGCGACACGACUCUCACACCACGCAACACUCGAAUUUAAACCAAGAUACAAAUAGAACGAGAAAUGAUUCAAUUUGUUCUGUCGUCAGUCAACCGACGACUGCCAAUCCAGCUUUAUCUCCCACCAAAGAAAAGCAUUACCAAACAAAGACUCGAAGACAGGAGAUGAGUCGCCGUAUGGCCGCUAUGCGUCGGCGCCGGGAGACUGCCCAGCGCGAUACGAUGACCAUGUACGACCUCAUAUUCCACAACCCCUCCACCAACCCUAUGAUUCCAGAUCAAGACGAAAUCAAAGCUCAAGAGGCGAAUAAAGCAUCACAGAAUCAGCCUGACGAGAGCGAAAAUGACGACCCGAACGAUCCGCCUUCGACGGGCGCGGCUCCCGUGCCACAGAUCAAACUAGGUCCCAACGGCGAAAUUAUACUGGACGAACAGAGUUUGGUUAUAAAGCAGUCGAACAACGGGCGUAAAGUGUCGAGCGAGGUCCGCGAGGGCGCGUGGAACGAGCGCUCGAGCGGCUACCGGCGCAGCGCGCGCACCGCCGACUGGACGCACGACGAGACCGUGCGCUUCUACCGCGCGCUCGCCGCCAUCGGGACAGACUUCACGCUCAUGGAGCCCCUGUUCCCGGGCAGGACCAGGCGGGACCUCAAGCUUAAGUUUAAAAAAGAAGAGAAACUGAAUAUAGCCCAAGUCGACAAAGCUUUAAGAUCUCGCGUUGAAUGGGACGCUAUGGGGCUUCACGAAGAGUUUAAGGAGGAACGAGCAGAGGCCGCUAAAAGAGAAGAAGAGGCAAAACAGCGACUGGAGAAGCAGAAGAAAGAGAGGCAGGAAAGAAACAAAGAACUACGGGGAUAUAGACAGAGUAUGAGCAAAAAACUGUUAGAGUCGUCAGUCCUGCGAUGCGAUUUGAGCAACGUAGAUCACACGGCGGACGACAUAAUAGCUCGAGCGUCCGAGUUCAAGUCGCAAAAGAAACGUAAACCAAAAAAAUCUAUCGGUCAAAAACCAAAACCUGAGCCGGGACCUGGUUCGACAUCGUCCCUGGCAACCCUGUCUGUGAGAAACAAUAGAAAAACACAAGAAUCAAAGAACAGCGUCAGCGACAUGGCCGUCAUAACUAAAAUAGAUCCAAAACCGGCCAAUAUGUUGUUGGAUAAUAUUAGCAAUCCUUCUAUGCCGUCGAACAUUGAGACAGGAUCGUUGGUCGUGUUGACGGUCAACGACCCCAAUUCGCCGACAAAGAAAAUGUUGCAAACCUACAUAGCGCGGGAGAAAGGGAAGCUUUUGCCUGUCGAUUUACCUCCUUCACUAUUGAACUCUGUAGUCGGUUACGUACGAAAAGAAACAACGGACAGUAACGCGUCUAUGGUGUCUUCGCCUAUGACAUCGGCCUCGCCGAACAGUGUUGCCAGUAUGGAUAGCAGAAUCAGUGUUACUCCAUUACAGGUUUCUACAGUCUAAGAGAAUAGGGUAAAUCGGUUGAGAUUUAAAAGGAAAUUUUGCAAGAGCCUGUAAAGAACUCUUUGAAUCGGGAUUUGAAAACGAAUUUAUCAGAUAAAUAUUGACGUCUCAAAUGAAGAGGAGGAUCAACACAUUCUACCUGUAAUGCUGUAACAGGACUAGAUUUCAUGGCUCCAGUGAUAAUUCUGAGUGACUUAGACUGUAUAGUGUCUAGUUUUUUGAAAGCAUUCACAUCCCCUGGUUGAAGUAAAAAAGUACCAUAAUCUAAAACUGAUCUUACUAUGGCAUUAUAUAAAAGUUUUAAAUUGAAUGGGUGGGCACCCCACCAUACACCGGCAAGAGAACAUGAGAGAGCUAUGGGUCUGUAUGACAAUACAUCUGAUGAAGAUUUACCCGGUUUGAGAAUGGGUAAAAUAAUUUGUUUUUUCCAUGACUCUGGGAUAACACAUGUAAUGAACAUAGAAUUUAUAAGGUUGAGGUAAUAUGUGAGACUAGAAUCACUCAAAUGGACAAAGAAAGAAUAAGGAAUCUUAUCAUCACCUGGAGCAGAGUCCUUAAGAUUCGAGAUUACCCCCUUCAGUUCAUUAAAUGAAAAAGGUAAAUCAAAAUCUGAAACUGGAUCUGAACAUGAGAAAGGAAGGACAGAUGGGAUAAGAACUAAACAUUUUUCUGGAACAUAAGGGGGAGCUAAUUUAUCAAGAAACUUGUCAGCCAGAUCAUAAGGACAAAGACGGCACCAGAGAUGGGGAGGAAAUAGAUAUAUCAGGAGCACUAACAAUUUGAUCAGGACCAGUUCUACGAGUUGGACUUCCAGAAUUUAAAAUACACAAAUUCUGUUCAUUAACAAAAUCAAGAAUUAUAUCUCCAAAUUCAUUAGAUAUUGAGCUUCCCCAUGUUUGAUGCCACAGGAGAUUCGGAAUUUUCAUUAAAUUUUAAAGCACAGCCAUUAGAAGGAGAUGGAGCAUCGUAAUCUCUUGUAAGAUUUCUAUGGGCCCUUUGAUCAAAACCUUUAUCACCUUUAAAGGGAGAUCGAGGUUUCAUAAAAACUGUUUUUUUAUAUGACGAUGGACUUUUACUGGCAAUUACUGGGCUGGGGGCAGUAGAUUCAUGAAACGUUGAAUGAUUCUUACGAUCCGAUGGAAUUGAAGAAAGAACAUCAGCAUACGAUUUAUAUGACACACAACUGUUCGCCAUUGUCUGCUUUAUGGCCCUUUGUCUUUCAAAUUCUGGACAUUUCUUAUUUAUAGCAAAGUGUAAGCCGUUACAAAGACAACAGGAAACAUUUUCCUCCUCUACAUUACAAGAAUCUCCUGUAUGAUCUUGACCACAUUUAAAACAACGCGGUUUCGAUCUACACUGAGCUCUAACAUGACCGAAUCUACAGCAAUUAAAACAUUGAACUGUAGGAUAAAUGUAUAAAUCAACUGGUAAUGAUGUAAAACACAUAUAUACUCUUUUAGGUAAAACCUGUCCAUCAAAUGUUAUUACCACGGAUUCUGUGUCAAUAAAAGUUUUAUUAUCAUUUA